AACUCGCUCAUGAUGCCACUGGUCUUUGCCAACUUCCUCCAUCAGCGUUACUUCCACUCGCAAUUCACGCGUGAUGCAGUUACGCUUGCGGACAAACGUAUCACGGAUCUCUCGAAUCACCCUUCGCUUCCACCAGUGGUGGGUCAAGUGUGGAUGCGCGCGAGAGAGCUGGUUGCCAGGUGGGGCGGCAGUGCCGUCAUUGAGCCUGCUGCUGCCAGGAGGGAUUAGUGAUGAGGACGUGAACGUGGAUGAGAAAUGUUGGGUUUUUGGGAAAGGACAUGUGGAAGCUCGUCGAGGCAUUUCCCAUUUACUACACAUAUGCAAUGGCUCUCUAUCGUCUUUUUUGCACUAACGUAUAAUGAUAGAUUAUUAUUAGCAAGGCUUCUGAUCAGGCUCUUGGCAAUGACGCUGAUGACCACUACUCCACUGAAUAAAAAGGGGUCCAGGGCGAGAAUCAGUCUAAUUCCAACUUGUCCAUCACGCGCUACUUAUGGCGACGAUUAUUACUGCGUUGACGAACUUUGGGCAGUCUUUGGCUGCUAUUGGGCUGUCCUUGUUGUAUUCUGUGCUAGCUGUGUUCCAAGCUGCCUUCGCGCUUGUUCAAAGCAUGAUCGAGAGUAUACUGAAGCUGGGACAGAGCAUCACUACUCUGGUGCUGGAGUUGUUCCAGGGAAUGUUCGGGUUCGUUCUCGCAAACUUCACCGCAAUUUUCCUCAUUGGUGCAGUGUACUACUUAUACAAGCUCAGACAGCAGGGAAAGGGACCCGAGGUGUUGCAGAAGAGGUUCUGACUUGUCAUAACUCCAUCGGUACUAAUCAAAGAGAAUACCGGGUUCUCAGGCUGUACGACCACAUGCAUAUGUUGCCCCAACCUUAACUCAUUUUAACAUGACCACGAGCCAUGGCGACGAUGACUGUUAUGAAACUUGUGGCAAUCCUGAGCAAAUCCUGAGCGGCACAUCUUUACCCUUACGUUCGAAAGUGUAUUGAAGCUGGGCAAUACCCUGGUACUGGAGCUAUGUCAGAGACCUCGUUUGACUUUGCAAAACAGCCGCAUGUUGAAACGUUGAUGCAUAGGGACUAGUGUUGCCAGUGGUAGACGAGAAAAUGGAGUCACUAUCCAGUGGUCUCACCAAUAUUCAUCAUGAUAUGUAGUACACUUGGAAUGCCGCCAUCAAAGGGGCGAGCCUAUGAUAUAACUGCACUGCCACU